UUUCUUUUAAAUAUUUUCACUAUACAGCAAAGAGUAGAUUACGAUGAGGAGGACUCGCGCUCUCUGUCUGAAUACCAAAGCGUAGCCCUGGUGGUCGGCGUGACUGGCAUUGUUGGCAACAGUCUCACCGAGAUCCUUCCAAUCUCAGACACUCCCGGCGGACCAUGGAAGGUUUACGGCGUCGCCCGCCGCCCCCGGCCCUCCUGGAACGCCGACCAACCCAUCCACUACAUUCAGUGUGACGUCACUGACCCGGACCAGACCCGGGAUGAGCUAUGCAAGCUUACUGACGUAACCCACAUCUUCUACGUCACCUGGAGCAGCAGACCCACCGAGGUCGAGAACUGCGAUGUUAACGGCCGAAUGCUGAAGAAUGUUUUGGACGCCGUUAUCCCACACGCUCCGAAUCUUCAACACGUGUGCCUGCAGACUGGCCGGAAGCACUACGCUGGGCCGUUCAAGCUCUGGGGAAAGAUCAGUCCGGUCAACGAGUCUCCGUUCCACGAGGAACUCCCGAGGCUUAACCUACUCAACUUUUACUACACCCUAGAAGAUGUUUUAAUGGCGGAGGUGAAGAAGAAGGAGGGUUUGACGUGGUCGGUUCACAGGCCCGGCCCUAUAUUCGGAUUCUCUCCGUACAGUUUGAUCAACGUCAUCAACGGUCUCUGCGUCUAUGCCGCCAUAUGUAAGCAUGAGGGGAAGCCAUUAAAGUUUCCGGGAAAUCGGGUCGGGUGGGAGAGUUAUUGGAGCGCCUCAGACGCCGAGUUGAUCGCCGAGCAGGAAAUUUGGGCUGCGGUGGAUCCAAAAGGUAAGAAUGAAUCAUUCAACUGUAGCAACGGCGACGUUUUGAGAUGGAAGCAUAUGUGGAAGGUUUUGGCUGACAAGUUUGAGGUUGAGUACGAGGAGUUUGAAGGAGGAGACGACGACGUUUUGAUACCAAGCUUAGAAGAGACAAUGAGAGGUAAGGGCAAAGUUUGGGAUGAGAUAGUGAGGGAGAAAGGUUUGGUGGCGACUAAGUUGGAAGACAUCGGGUGCUGGUGGCUGGUGGAAAUUCAAGUGCGGUUUGAGUCAUGUUUGGACAGUAUGAAUAAGAGCAAAAAUCAUGGAUUUUUGGGAUUCAGAGAUUCAAGCAAGACGUUUGUUUCUUGGAUUGAUAAGAUGAAAGCUUACAAGUAUGUUCCUUGAUUUUGGCUAUGGUUGAAUGAGAGUGACGGAAGGGGUUAUCAUUUUCAGCUUGAUAAUUAUAUGAUAUAUCAUUUGUGUUCGUCAAUCAGUUUUUCAAAAGUUUAAACUUUAAAGGCUUUUAAUAACGUUUGGUUCUUGCAGUCUUUUCUGUUUACAACUUUUUGUUAAUUUGGUUGUGAAGUGGUACUCAUAAAGUAUGGGUGUGUACUUAUUUUUUUUUUCCAGUGGUGUGACAAAGAAAUAAAAUGUCUACUUUCUUUCUCAUUAUAUUUUUAGAAAGGAAAAAAAAAACCACAAAAGGUUAAGUUUAACCGUGGAUUUUCAUUUAUAGUCACAAAAAUAAUACAUUAAUGGCACGUUUGGUA